CUCAAUCUGAGUCUCUAGCGGGCGACUAACCUCCACCGGAGUAAACAGAUUGAGGCCUUAACAAACAAAACCUCCACUACCGGAGUAAAACCGGUACAGAAUAGUGAGUUGGCUCCUCGACUAAAGUCACCAACUCCCUACCUUCAAUCAAGGAUGCUCUAUCAACCUAGGCAGAUAUUCUCAUUCUAGGUCAAAGCAGAAACAACAGGAAUUUGAUCAGGAUUCAUGUCAUUCAAUCAUUCAAACCUCAAUCGAAUAUAAUCAAAUCAUAGAAUCAGUAUUUGGGUUCAUACAAUCAAAGCCUAACAUACAAAUCUAGGGUUCUCCAUACCCAGAUGAAUGGGAGAACUACUCCAUGGAGAAGAAAGCAAAAGCAGAAUCAGACGCGGAAUUCAUACUGUGAAGGAUGGAUUCCUGCUCCUAGACGUUGAUCGGCACUUCUCCAAGCUCAAACUGGCCUCCAAUGGUGUUGAAGAUCAAUCUAGGGCACUUGGAGACUCUUGUUCGUCGCUUCCUCUCUCUAGGAAUCGCUCUAUCUCUCUCAAAACUCGAAUCCCCCUUCUGUUUGGCUGAAAAUCUGCUUAAAAGGGCAUCAGUGGCCAAAACACGGUCGAGGGCACGGCCGUGUAAUACCUCAGCCCGUCCAUGUUUUGGCUAGGGUUAAUUACACGGCCAGUGCCUUGGGCGAAACACGGGCGUGUUUGGUGAUGGACACGGCCGUGCUUUGGUGGACACGGCCGUGCUUCUGCCCGUGUUUUUAGCCAAUGUUUGCCCAACUCGACUUUGCUCUCGGCAGUAAAAGCACGGCCACAGAACACGGCUCACCGAAAUGACUAAUGUUUGGUGAUGGAACAAUGUUUGCCCGCAUUUUUAGCCAAUGUUUUUGGCUCCAGCUCACCGAAAUGACUUCCGAAUGCCCCGAAACUCGUGCUUAGCCUUUCCUUUGACGCCUGGGACCUGAAAUAUGACAAAAUAGCACAACCUAGCGUAAAAUAGGCCAAAAUACACGACUAUGCCUCUCAAACGGAUAAGAAUUAGGGGUGCAAAUACGUGCAAUUACAUCGUUAUCGGGAGACCUUUUCUAGCAACUGGAGAUGCACUCAUCGAUGUUGGGAGAGGCAAACUGACAUUCCGAGUAGGUAAGGAGGAGGAAGUUUUUUAAUGUCUUUCAAGUCGAUCAUAAUCAAGAUGCAUUUGAUGACUUUGAAAGUGGAUCUCGAGAAAGGAAAAAUUCCUUCUCCUGUGAUAGUGGACAACCUGAACAACGAUCACAUGUCCUAUCUGCUCAGAUUCUGAAAUCAAAGCAAGGACUGGAAUCCUUGCCAGAUCACCUUGAUGCUUUGAAAAUGAGUUUGUGCUUGAAUGAAAUCAUCAAAAUCAUCCCACUAGUGUUGAAUUGCAUAGUUCUUCACAAUGAGCUUGAUGUGCUUUAAAUGAGCAAACUCUUUUAGCAAAACUCUCUUUUGUGAGGAUAUUGUAAUGACUUAUGGUGAAGUGGUUAGGUGGAGAACAUUGACCAUUUCACAUGUUUGGAUACCGUGCUUACUUGCAGUUGUUGUGAGCUUUUGACUUUGCAUUGAGUCUCUAUGUUUUGAAUGUUUUAAAUGGGGUGAACUGUAUCUUAAUAAAUGAGAAAACACUACCUGACAAGUAAAAUAUAAGAAAGUUGCCAUAACAAUUAAAGUGUGGGUAAAAUACCAAAAUCGUGUAAGGCAAUCACUCAUUGCACAUGGGGAUUAGGAAAGAUUCAAUUGAGAAUCGGUUUGCGACCGUACGAUGUUGCUUAUCAAGUACGAUCCCCAAUUGAGUGAAGUGCCAUUAGAGGAUGUGCAGUGACCCUCCACACGGACCGAGGAAAAGGAGUUAAAAGAAGCUCCUAUGCGAGUGCGAAGAAGCAGAAAUUGCUCUUGCUCGGUCACCGGUAAAAAAAAAAUCCAACUUGUACUAAAUACGACCACUCGCAAGCAAAAUCAGAAAGAGAGAAAGCCUCCCCUUGUCAGAAAAGGUAGUGAUGUGCUUAAAGUUAAAAUCUAGUUUGCGAAAGUCUUCCCCCAUUAGUUUUUUAGACUCAUGUUUUGUUAAUUGCUUAUGAUUGGUGAGAGUAAGCCAGAUUGUCCUCACGAAAUAUGCACCUCACUGAUGUGGUUAGAUUCUCCUAAUAACUGUUAGACCAUAAGUUGUUAACCACCCACUACCGACGAUCUAAAUUGAGUGUUUGCUAAUUGAGUUUUUGGUGAAUUUGAGUCAGUCAAUGUUAAAGGGUUGCAAAGGCCUUGAGUGUGGGGUGAAAGGUAUGAUCAUUAUAGCACAACUUGUCCAUUGAGAAAGAAACUAUUGAUUACAACAAGAGUACAAGGAAAAAUUUGUUUUGUUUUGAGUAGUGAGUUUGUGAUGUGUCAUUGUUUUGGAUGGUUAUGUGUUUGUGUUGUUUGAGUCGUUGCUUAGGGACAAGCAACAAUUGAGUGUGGGGUCUUGAUAAUUGGCUUUAAUAUAUCGGAUUCUUGAGC